UUGACAAACGUAUUUAUUUUAUAAGCAUGUUGAAGAAGUGUAAUUGUCAUUGAGAUAUAUUUUCAAGAAACGCAUCCUCCACUAAUGCUGGAAGAUUUUAGGUACGGUGAUGGACAACAACAGAAACAAUGCAUUUUCGGAAAAGCUGAAGGAACAAGUAACCAAAUCAUUCGAUCGCAUUCGCAAGGCACUAGAUUUGAGGGAGAAGUUACUUCUGAGGCAACUCUCGGUGGUAGUGCACCAAUCCCACCAUGUCACGUACCAGUUCGAUAAUAUCAAAUUUGUUGAUAUCGGGGAGGAGGACUUGAUUGGCAAAAUUCGAACAUAUGGAAAGUAUAACAUAGAUAAUUUCAACAUAAUUUUGAAGGAUCACUAUGAGAAUGAGGAUUACAUCCUGCCUGUUGAUGAUCAUGACCUGAUGCAUAAAACAUGCCGAAAAGGAAUCGGGGAGGAAGAAAGGGAAAAUCCUGAAAGCGAAGAAAUUGUGGUUGAAUUUUUCAACAACAGAAGCCUCAUAAAGGAAGGAGCAGAAAUGGUUCGCGAAUCCAUUAUAAAUUUAGCACUGAAUGAAAGCAAAGAAUUGAUCGAUUCGAGUUUUAAUGCAAAUGUCGGUUUGGACUUAAAGGAUGAGCUGGAGCGAGCCAAAAUUAAUGUAACAAAUACUCGCAAUCGAGCAAUGUGCGCCACAAGCUCCGUUCCAAUACAAGACGGAGAUGACGAGGAAGCUGUUGAUAAUAGCAUUAAUAACAACAUAAAUCAGGGUGAAGAAAGUGGAAUUGAUAAUUCUAUGAUAAUAGCCAAGCAAUAUCAAAUGUUUACUAAAGCUUCUCAGACAGAUCUUGAGAAGAAUGGUAGAUAUAACGGUAGUGCUAGUUCCAAUAGUGGCACGGAAUUCAGCCAACUAGUUAGGAAAAGUGAUCAUGUGGAGAACAAAAUGCAGAAUAUAUCCAAUUUGACUAUGAACAAUUUCGGUGGCACAAUUAACUUAAAGAAUGUAACUAAUUUAACCAUCAAUGCAUGCCCCGAUACACCUGUUUCGAAACAGGAGACCAAACCUACUAUUCCCAGGUGUCCAUCCGAGGAGGGGAGCCCUGAAUGUGGAUUUUAUAAAAGGCUUAUAACGGAAAACAAAAUCCUCCGUCAGCAUAUCCUACAAGCAAGCAUUGCCAAUGUUUCCCCAAAGGCUUUGAAUUUAAAUUGUUCGGACUCUGUGACUGACACAGAAUCAUCAACCUCUUCGCCCAAUGCGGAUAAUUCCGCCAGUACAUCCGGCAGUAAAUCACAAACAUUACCAAUGACCGUGGCUGAAUUGCGAGCUGUUCUGAAUCUUCCCCAACCAGACGACAACCUUACUAAAGUCCUGGGCAAUCUAUUUACCCUCGCAUCACCCAUGUCCAACGCAGCCGGACAAGAUCCGGCAGAACAUACAUCCCAGGAACACACGACGCAAAUCCAACAAUGGUUAAAACAAAUAAUGUCCGAAACCGAAACCGAACCUCUGCAGAAUGCUGAACUACUAGAAUUUAGUCGAUUCAACACUUAGGGCUGUUGGCGAAGCAACAUUCCGGUAACUUAAAAUGAAGUCAUUCCGAACCAUGUUUCGUUAUUCUCACAGAUGAGUUCUAACACACUGAGGGAUCAUAAAUACUACAUUUGGAAUUGAGAAUUCGAAAGAACGUCUCAACGAUUUGAUUCCAUCUACUACUAGUCCAAAAAAUAUCGAACACAGUUAAAAGCAUUUUAAUACGAUGAUGUUUUUAUAAGGGUCCCAUUAUUGCAUUCAUUUCGUCUGAUAUUUGUCUGGAAUGCACAACAUAAUGUUCAGAGCUGUAUAAUAUAGAAACCAAAUAAUAUGUGAUGAUGUUGAUUAUGCGUGACAGAUUUACUAUAUUAGGUCUAAUUAAAUCAAUGAAAAAAAAACUUUAAAGAAACAUGACCAAAAACUUGAAAAUACGCCAUCAACAUCACUAAGAUUAUUCUAACCAAAUAUAGAAAAACAAAGAGAAUCAGAUUUCAAAAUGUUCUCAACUAUCUCGAUGAUAAAAAUAAGUGUUCACUUCACAAUCUUCCAUUUCGUAAUCGUUUCCUUUCACGGAGGUAGUUUGUAAGCAUUCCAUAAGCAAAUCAUACAUACAAACAAUACCUGUUUUGAUAAUCAUCGAAGUGAAACCUGAAAAUUGUGAUUUUGUUUAAUUAUUAGGUGUUUCAACCCAUCACGUAAAAUGUACUUGAGAAUAGUUUAUUGCAUGUUUACUGUUAGGCUUGUACAAUUUUUUGUUCUGACUAAAUACAUAUUUUUUACUCGGUAUGCACAAGUCAAUCAACAAAACAGUUAUCAACUUAUCGGAACUCAAAAUAUCGUAUAUUUUAUUUUACCCCAUCGGUAUAUAGUGGCCAGGUACAUUUAAUCAACAUUCAACGCAACUAUAUUGCAAAUAAUGUUUCGUAAGAAUUGUGGGAAUAUUAUGCUGCUUAAAUACGCGAAUAAUCGUAACACGUUUAGAUAUGUAUAUCAAUCGCUGGUUUCACAAUAUGUAAAAUAAAUAAAAAUUCUCACAAACAAAAUAAA